AUGAUGCUAAUAAAUCCUAGUGCGGAUAUACCUAUUAUUCAAGUAUCAAUUUUGAAAAAUCAGAACACAAAGCAGCAUUUAAAUAUUGGAAAAGUGUUGUAUCAAUUUCGUAAAGAUGGCGUCGCGAUAUUUGGUUCGGGAAUGUCGUAUCAUAACAUGGUUGAAUUUAGGAAAUCAGAAAAAGUGAAUGACGGGGUUGUCGUCGACGAAAUUUUCGAUAGUUUCCUAAAUGAAGUUCUUACUGGUGACGUAGACGCAAAAAAAGAGAUUUUAUAUUGGGACAAAGUGCCUCCAGGCUUAGACUCUCAUCCCCCGGGUGAAGCGGAUCACUUAAUGCCUUUAAUCGUCAAUAUUGGCGCAGGAGGAUCUUCUCCAGGGAGGAAUAUUUUCUCAUCGGUCUACAUGCAUAAAUUUAUUCUGAGUGGGUUUAUUUGGGAUAAAGAGUGA